GGUGAUGUGCGAUAACUGCCCACGCUCUUUUCACCAACAAUGUCACCUGCCACACGUGGAGGAUGCCACUGUGAAGGAAAGACGCAAGUGGAUGUGUACUUUCUGUAUAGCCAAUCAGGAUUGGCUACAGCAUCCUGAGCGGGGAAUGGACGCAGCCAUGUCACUCUCUGUUUCAUAUCACAUGUUGGAAUGUCAGUGUUUCCUCCUGUGUCUGCUCACCGCUGAGGAAAUGCGAGCACCUGCUUUAAACCCCAGCCCUGAUCCACAUCUGGACAGAGACAACCACAUCCGGAAGAGUUUAGACAUUGUAGCAGACAAACUAGAGAAGAAAAAAUACCAAAGGGUUGGAGAUUUUUUAGAUGACAUCAGACUCACUUUCACUAACUCUGCCUCCGAGAAUCAAGAUAAUCCUGAAUUCCUUGCUUGGCUCAAACAACUAAAGGACUUGGUCAACAUAAAAUUUAAGGCUGUUUUUUACAUUAAUGACGAGAGCGUUGACUGUUUUGAACAGAAUUAAAGCCAAAGUGAACUGUUGUAGAAUGUUCAGAGACAGAAUCUUGUUGAAGAAAACGGUGAAGCCAUGAAAGAUGACCCAAAAUUCUUUGUUGGUUUUCUUACUGGUUGUUGAUCGUAUUUAGAGGAAAGUGACAAUAACACAUAUCAGGGAAUGUGUACAAGAGUACACACUGAGUACUCUCGUACUAAGUAUGUGUUACUGGACCAGCAGGUACUUUUGAACAAUCUAUUUUUUGUUUUGUUUUGUUUUUUUCCAAUCAAUGAAAAUCCUGGUCCUGUUGGUCCUUGAGAUCUAUUUCUUUUUCUUUCUUUAUUUCUUUUUUUUAAUAAAAUCAUUAUCUGGUUUCUUUUAUUCAACUAUGUAAUGUGUGGAUAGGUAUUAAAGGAUGUGUGUUCAGUUUUUCAUACAUGGCAGUUUUGGUCUUCAAUGUUUUAGUAUUUAAAACAAAGGCGACUGGAAUUUAAAUAAACUUUCUUAUACUUAAUCACUUCGGUUGUUAAUGUUACCCGUACACAUACAUGCGAUUGAUAAUCAAUAUCUAUUAGGACUGUUUUCUUUUUAUUAAAGUUCCGUUGUAACGGCUGACUUAAUUAGCAUCUGUCCGCUAAUAUCUCACAAAGCUUCACAAACAACAUACACUAUCUAAAACGGAUUUUGUCAACAUUACUUUAGAAAAUAAAACUACCAGAGUGUUAACAAAACCACAUAAAUCCGUAAAUGUGUACAUGGUGAUAUUGUUCAACUUUGCAGAGAGGAAGGACGAACUUUGUUCAGUUUGCACUCAUACUGUCCAAUCGUGAUCCCUGCUGGAAAUAUCCGGAAUUGCGAGGAACGACACAAACAUAAGUUUCACUUUCAAAACGUCAUUAAGGUAGGGCUAUGACAGGUAGAUAUGUCCGGAUUACCGGAAGCGAUUUUAGAAAGCGGAUCGGAGACUGCUUGGGUGCACAUCUAAGACUACGAAUACUUCCUGUACCACGAGUAAUCGUGUACCUUCAACGUUUACAGCUAAGUGUUGCCCCGGAACCUGGUCAGUGAUGGACCUCUUGAAUGUCAUGGAACCUACUGAGUUGCUGCAGUUUCUCCACUAUCACAAAACGGAGCUGUCCUGCAUCGAGAAGCCGCACACUCUCCUCUGUCAGCUCAAGGACCACAACCUGAUUCCCGAGGACAGAUAUAAGAAACUGACUAACAUGAGAAGCAAAGACAAGAUCAUAAACUCCCUCUACGACCUUUUGGAUUGGUUUGAGAGGGAGCAGUCUGAGCACAUCCACCUCUUCUGGAAAUGUCUUUUUAAAGACGUAAUGAUGAACAGGUACCCGUCACUGAAAAUGUUGCACCAGAGCCUCAUGGAUGGGUCUUAUGGUUCUGACACACAGAUUCCCCCACCUGUGGGAAAGAAAGAGACGAGUGACAGGAAAAGGAAUGUGUCUUCUGAUGAUGAGGAGGAAGAUGAGGAGGAAGUUAUCUCACCAAAAAAGAAGAAGAAGCAACAAGAAAAUGGCAGCACGUGUGAUAAGAAUGAGCAGCAGCCUGGUCCGUCAUCUCAGUCCACUCCAGGUCAGAAGCGGAGGUCCAACAGAGUCUCCUUCAGUUCACCUCUGAAGAAAGGAGAAAAGAAGGACAUUUCGUCGGGGGCCCUCUUCAAGUCCCAGCUUCCCGUGACCUGUGGAUCCCAGAGUGGGAUACUGAGUAAAGAAAGACUGGCAAAAGGGGAAAAGUGUAUCAAAGUUGACAGAAAGUGGUUUACUCCCAGUGAAUUUGAGAAGUUUGCCGGAAAGGAGAGGUCGAAGAACUGGAAGACCAGCAUUCUGUACCGUGGGACUCCACUGGCGAAGCUUUUCCAGGAGGGUCACCUAAAAUCACCAAAUUACAGAAGAAGAAAGCGAACACAAUCAAUGGCGGUCAGGAAAUCCUUGCUCCCUGGUUCUACACUGACAGUGUCUGAGACAGAAGAGAAGGAUGAAGAGGAGGGGCAGGAUGAUGAUGAUGAUGACGUGGAAACCCAGGGCAAUAAUUCCUGUGGCAACCAAACAAGUUCUGCAGGUGUCUCAGCAGGUUUCAUCCCAGUUCCAUGUCAUCAUUGUGUUGCAGCUAAAGGUGGAGAGAGUGACAAGCAGGUAGAGCAGAGUGCAGAAGGGUGCCAAGUGUUCACAGUCACAUGUGAAGGUUUAACUGGAACAUUACACCAACAGAGAUUUGCCUCAGGCUCGUGUGAUAAGUGUAUUCGUACGGAGAAGACCUGGUUGAGCCCCCUGGAGUUCACGAAGGAGGCGACAUGUCAGACAGACAUCUCCUGGAAGAAAGACAUCAAGUGUGAGGGAGAACCAUUACAUGCACUCAUCGAGAAAGGCAUCCUGAAGAUCCACCCACUGCUCUGCCAGUGCAGGUUGUGCAGCUCAGAUCAAAAAGAUCUGGAAAAUCAGAAAAAUGAUGAUGAGUGUUGUGUGUGUAGAAAAGAUGGAGAUCUGAUGGUGAUGUGCGAUAACUGCCCACGCUCUUUUCACCAACAAUGUCACCUGCCACACGUGGAGGAUGCCACUGUGAAGGAAAGACGCAAGUGGAUGUGUACUUUCUGUAUAGCCAAUCAGGAUUGGCUACAGCAUCCUGAGCGGGGAAUGGACGCAGCCAUGUCACUCUCUGUUUCAUAUCACAUGUUGGAAUGUCAGUGUUUCCUCCUGUGUCUGCUCACCGCUGAGGAAAUGCGAGCACCUGCUUUAAACCCCAGCCCUGAUCCACAGCUGGACAGAGACAACCACAUCCGGGAGAGUUUAGACAUUGUAGCAGACAAACUAGAGAAGAAAAAAUACCAAUGGGUUGGAGAUAUUUUAGAUGACAUCAGACUCACUUUCACUAACUCUGCCUCCGAGAAUCAAGAUAAUCCUGAAUUCAUUGCUUGGCUCAAACAACUAAAGGACUUGGUCAACAUAAAAUUUAAGGCUGUGUUUCGCAUUAAUGACGAGAGCGUUGACUGUUUUGAACAGAAUUAAAGCCAAAGUGAACGGUUGUAGAAUGUUCAGAGACAGAAUCUUUGUUGGUUUUCUUACUGGUUGUUUUUAGUAUUUAGAGGAAAGUGACAAUAACACACAUCAGGUAAUGUGUACAAGAGUACACACUGAGUACUCUUGUACUCAGAUUCAUGCCACUUUGAAAAUUGUUUUUAAUGUGUUGAUGUUGAGGAAAAUAUAUUGGGUUUUUAACGCUAUUUAACUUGAUUCUUGUUGUGUUUUGGGAUUAUAAUUUUAAAUGUGUUUGGUGGAGGAAGUUUAUAAAUCUCAAGAUUUUUUGUUUGGAUUUCUAAUAUUGGUCUUGGUUUACUUUUUAUCAGACGUUACAGUCAGUACAGUUAGUCAUUCUAAUGUUUUUUUCCCAAGUAUCUUUAAGUUUGUGUGUCUACGUCGUUCCAAUCAUGAUGAUGGGUGUUGUAAUUUCACUAAAUAAAAAAGUUCUCUUUUA